GAUCAUCAGGAAGGAACACUACCGAAAACACGUAGUGGUCUCUACGGUGUUUGAGAAAAUGAGUGUUACUUUGGAUUUAAGGCUUAAGCGUGCGAACAAAGUGUAUCUCGAAGGGGAGGUCCUGGCUGGAGUGGUGGUGAUCACCAGUAAGGAAGCUGUGCAACAUCAGGGAAUCACCCUCACCAUGGAGGGUCUUGUUAAUCUACAGCUCAGCUCCAAGAGUGUCGGAGUCUUCGAGGCGUUUUACAACUCGGUCAAGCCCAUUUCGCUAAUCAGCAGUAACAUCGAAGUGGCCAAACCGGGCAAGGUGCCAGGAGGCAAAACCGAAAUCCCUUUUGAGUUUCCACUGCAAGUGAAAGGAAAUAAAGUGCUGUAUGAAACUUACCAUGGUGUUUUCGUCAACAUACAGUAUACUCUCCGCUGUGAUAUGAAGCGCCCUCUGCUGGCAAAAGACCUGAGCAAGACCUGCGAAUUCAUGGUCCAUUGUCAGCCACAGAAAUCCAAAGUGCAGCUGACUCCUGUUGAUUUCACCAUCACGCCAGAGACGUUGCAGAACGUGAGAGAGAAAGGUUCUCUCCCAAAGUUCUUGAUCAGAGGCCACCUCGACGCCACUAACUGUGUGAUCACGCAGCCGCUCACAGGGGAGCUGGUGGUGGAGAGUUCAGAAGUCGCCAUCAAAAGCAUCGAGCUGCAGCUAGUGCGGGUUGAGACAUGUGGCUGUGCUGAAGGCUAUGCUAGAGAUGCAACAGAGAUACAGAACAUCCAGAUAGCAGAGGGAGAUGUGUGUCAUGGCCUCCCCAUACCUAUAUACAUGGUCUUCCCCAGGCUGUUCACAUGCCCUACACUCGAAACCACAAACUUUAAAGUUGAGUUUGAGGUGAACGUGGUGAUUGUUUUUCAUGAUGAUCAUUUAAUAACGGAGAACUUCCCGUUGAAGCUUUGCCGAGUAUGAGAUCAGAGCCUGCAAAUUCAUUGAUGUUUCCUGGAAGACUCUGGGAGUGGCAUCGUAACUGUUUUAAGUGCCAGUCAGGAACCAGCAGGACGGCUUCAGUUACAGCUACAGACUGACCUGCAUUUUGUUUUUUUUUGGCAUUUACUGAUUCCGAUUUUUGAGUUCUUGGAACCGUUGUCAAAAAGCUACCAUGCUUGUUCCCUCUUUUUAUCUUCGGGCUUUUCAUGACUGGGUAUUUUAGUACAUCCAGUACUCAUGUCAUAACAGAACUGCUUCACAAUUUCCUUCUUAUUAUAGUAUUUAAUAGAAGUAAGUGGUGUGCAUUAAUUUGUGCACAUUUAUGACAAGGGAGGGGGGACACACCAGUGGGACCUUUUUAUGUGGUACUUUGUGGCCCUUGUAUAAACCAUGUAGUACAAGAAUAGGUUAGUACUAAUGUUAUUUGCAUAAAAUAAAUCUGGUAUACA